UCACUUCGGUCAACAAGCGUUUCGUCAUGUGAUAAUAAUUUUAUAUUUUAAAUUAAAACGUCAUUACUUUACUUUUGCUCUUGAUUAACGAAUGUCUAUAGUUUUGAAAUUUUUAUCUAGUUUUUUGUAGUAUGUCCAUUUGUUUAUACAUGUGUAAAGUUUUCUCCUGAAAAAGAAAAACCUUAUAACCAUGGCAUUUCGACAAGAUUCAUGGAUGACAUCUUACGAUGCUUGCGAAACUUUAGCGAGAGAUAUUAUGGAAAAUAUCUCACAUAGAAAUCAGCAAAAUAGAAGCAGUCUUGCAAGCAGUAAGGCAAGUGCUCAUGCAAGAAAAUUAAUCAAGAAAUAUGAUGACAACGUGACUUCUCUGAAGAAUACUUUGAUGGCCUCCAAAAGUUUAAUUACUGAAGGAGAGUUCGAAAGAAGACAAAGAUUACUAGAUGGUUUGACAAGUAAAAGAGUGCAAAUUGAUGAUGCUUUCAAUGAUAGGGAGGAAGGCGGCAGUAGAACUGCUCUACUGGGAGCCGAUUUAGGUGGUACUUCUUCAAAUGUAUGGGACAUAGAAGAAAAUGAAGCUACAAGAGAUUUAACUAUUGAUGAAAUAAGAGAGCAGCAAAAAUAUGCUAUUAAAGAACAAGAUAAAGGGUUAGAUACUUUGUAUGAUGUUGUGGUUCGACAGAAACAAAUGGCUCAAAACAUUGGUCAGGAACUUGAUGUUCAAAGUGAGUUAAUUGAUGAUAUUUAUGAUCAUGUUGGCGAUACAAGGGAAAGAUUAGUAAGGGAGACUAGGCAUGUUGCUAUUGUUGACAGAAAAUCUGGUACAUGUGGUUAUUGGAUUGUUAUAAUGAUACUUUUGAUAGCCAUUAUUGUUGUUGUUGCUGUUCCUGGCAAGUAAUUGGUAUGAGUAAAAAGCGUGUUCCUGAUUUGAUAAAGAGGUUUUGACUAUUGUGAUGUCUCACUCAAGACCUAAAUAUUGAUCAAGAUCUAUCGAUUAAGGAGAAAAUCCAGAUAGCAUUGAUAGAAGAAUCGCAAGAUCAUUGUAAAAAUAUAUAUAUAUUUAUGUAAAUCUGUUUUUUAUAUUUUAAUUAAAUGUUCUUAUUUUCUAUUCUU